GAGAAGCCUCAGGCAGGAACAGGGAGGCAGAAAGACACCAUUCAUCGCCAGAAGUUCGCGACCUUCUUGAAGGGUGUGGAGAAGGAGCCGAGGAUGUUCCAACAGAUCAUCAAAGCCCGCCGCUGGGCGUUGGACGAUCUCAGCGCGGAAGCGCAGCGAGAUCUCCCGGUGCACGGCAAGAACAUCCCGAAAGAGCAAGCUGAGCCCUUUCCAAAGAAGCUCCAGGCAACAGACGUCCAGCAAGCAGAAGGAGGGUCUUCUAGCGAGAAGGUGGCAGAAGCCCAGCAAGGGCUCCAUUGUGAGGAAAGCCUGCCAGAAGAGUUCCAGCAAGUUGGGCCUCCUUGCGAUGACAAGAUGCUGCCCGAUCCGCCAAUGCCAAGCAUGGAAGACCCAAGUACAGGGCCCUCUUGCGGUGAUGAUUCGCCGCAAGACUCGCCGCUGUCACAGCCAAGCACAGACCGCUUGACAGAGCGCUGUGGAAGUUUCGACUUGGCAGCUCCACAUGUCUGCCGAGCCCAGAAAUGCGAGCGUCGCUAUGUCAGCCUUUGA